AAAAGGAGCAACGCCACUGGUAAGGCACGAGCGUCUCAUUGCGUUCCAAUGCCAUAGUCCACGCUAACCUGAACGUAGUCGUCAGUGCGGGACUUUUAUGUGACCGGUGUGGUAAGAAGAAAACCAUGGAGGUCUACCCCAGGUCCUCAUGGUUUUUGGUGCUUCUUGGAUUCGCUCUAAUUGCUGUCACCUUGCAGGAAACUACUGACUGUCCGACGCCCGACCAAGUCUCAUGUACGAGUGGAACAAAGUGCAGUUCAAAUGAAGACUGCCAAAGUAAAGAAAAAUGCUGUGCGAACCCGUGUUAUACGAAACGAUGCAUACCAGUCACAAAAGACUUGAUAGGUGAUGCUGAGACCGACGGACCGUCCGAAAACGAUUGCCGACCUUACAUCGAGAAAGCUCUCAAGGAGCUCGAGAUUGGUGAGGUCGCAUUAAAGGAACCUUCAGAGAAAGACGAAAGCGCUGAAGAUAUUCCUACUGUAGAAAUAACUGACGACUCCAGCCACCAGGAGGAUGAAGAUGGUGGAGCUAGCGACGAAACCGGCGGGGAAGAAGAGAAAAGCCCGGAGGAAGAUGUUUUGCAAGAGAGUGUUCAUGAUAAGAGUGAAGAAGAAUCCAGAGAAACGCCAGACGAAAAGGACAGAGAAAAAAGCGAUGAAAGAACCGAAUCCGAAGAAGAAACGAGACCCAAAGAAGAAUUAGUUGAAGAAAUCGAAAAGGAAGAUAAGGCAAGUGUAGAAGAUGAUGCUAUUGCAAGAGAGGAGCUUCAACAAGCAUCUCCCGAUGCGGCUAAAGCGGAAAACCAAGAGAAAGUGGAAGAGGCAAAAAUUGUUAGGAGAGAAGCUCCGGAAAUCCCUAUUGAAUCAGUUUUGAUACAAGUUGCAGCUGAUCUCCAUGAAUAUGAAUCAAGUGCCGAAGCAAGUGAAGAAGGUGGCGAUCAAAUUGAAGCUGAAAUUCCAGAAGCAGAGAGUAAAGAGGAAAGUAUAGAAAACAUAGCAAAAUCCAAAGAACUAGCCGAUGAUAUUACAAACGAGGUGGUCAACGAGGAACCAUCUAAAGAAUCAGCAGCAGCAACUGAAAGUGCUGAAGAAGGUGGCUGUCCACCACCAAGUGAGGUGUCUUGUACUGAAGGCGAGCUAUGCACAAAGCACAGAAACUGUGGAGAAAACGAAAUAUGUUGCCCCAACAAAUGUUACAGGCAACGAUGCACUCCAGGAUCGGUACCACAGGAGGAACUGGACGCGGAAUCUGCGUCUGAUGAAUCGGCAGAAGCAAAAAGUGAGGAAAAGUCUGUUCCAAGUACACCAGGAGGUAGCUGUCCCCCACCAAAUGAGGUUUCUUGCAUUGGUGGUGAGCUAUGCACAAAACACAGGAGUUGCGGAGAAAACGAAAUAUGUUGCCCCAACAAAUGUUACAGGCGACGAUGCACUCCAGGAUCGGUACCACAGGAGGAACUGGACGCAGAAUCUGCGUCUGAAGAAUCAGAAGAAGUAAAAAGUGAAGAAAAAGCUGCUCCAAGUACACCAGGAGGUAGCUGUCCCGCACCAAAAGACAUAUCUUGUACUGAAGGUGAGCUAUGCACUAAACACAGGCAUUGCAGAGAAAACGAAAUAUGUUGCCCCAACAAAUGUUACAGGCGACGAUGCAUUCCAGGAACGGCAUUACAAGAGGAACUGGAUGCAGAAUCUGCAUCUGAAGAAUCGGAAGAAGCGAAAAGUGCAGAAAAAACUGAACCAAGUACUCCAGAAAGCGGUUGCCCACCCCCUUCUAAAGUUUCCUGCACAGAUGGGGAUUUAUGUAGUAAACACAGACACUGUGGUGACGAACAAAUAUGUUGUCCAAAUAAAUGUUACCGAAGAAGAUGCACUCCUGGUACCGCCACAUCAGCAGAGCUCGCUGCAGAACUCGAUGAGGAUUCACAAGAAGAAUCUGGUGAGAAAAGUGCAGAAAAACCGGCAGCGAAAAGGCCAGACACUGGAUGUCCCGUCCCUAAUGAAGUUUCAUGCGUCGAAGGUGACCUAUGCAGCAAGCAUAAACAUUGCGGGCCAAAAGAAAUUUGUUGUCCGAACAAAUGUUACAGAAGACGCUGCACUCCAGGAACUCCUACGGACGAAGACCUUGAAGGCGAAUCUGACGAAGAUUCAAAGGAAGAACAACCCAAGGGUGCAGCACCUGUUUCUAGUGUCCCCAACAAAGACACUGGAUGCCCUGAACGUGAUGGAGUACCCUGUGGUGGUGAAAAAUGCAAUAAGAAUAAGGAAUGUGAUACAGGUGAAAUUUGUUGUGCUAAUAAAUGCUACAGAAAAGUAUGCGUGAGUGGUAAACCAGCCUCAGAUGAACAAGAAGAAGAUUCAGAAGAAGACACAAAAGAAGAUACAAUUGUAGAAGCUGAGAGUCAAGGAGGAUGUCCUCCUACCGACAAAGUAUCAUGCGUAGAAGGUGAAAGAUGUGGCAAUGAUGACGACUGCGGCAGUGAGGAGAUAUGUUGCCCAAAUAAAUGCUACAACAAGCGUUGCAUCCUCGGUACAAAAAAAGGUGGAGAGGAAAGUGUUGAAGAAGUAUCUGCUGAGGAGCCACCACCACCCCCUCCCAAGACAAAAGUGAAAAUACCAGAGCCAAAGAAAGUUGUUGAAAUCAAGAAGGAAUACAAAGCUCCUCCGCCACCACCACCACCACCAGCGCCUAAAAAACAAGUGGAGAAGCCCGAAAUUAAAGUACCAGCAAUACCAUCCAAACCUAUUCGAUUUGAAUCUACAACUGAAGAAGAUGAAAGUUACGAAAAAAAUGGAGAAGCAGCUGUUGAAGAACUAUCGCUUGAUACAGAUUUUCCCACUGACCUAAGGCCAAGGGACCAUGUUGAACAGUUAUUGAAGAUAGAUCAAGAUGCUACUAAGUUAGAGAAAGUACAAAAUAAAGUAUACGAGGAGACGCUGAAAGAGCUUAAGAGACUUUACGAAAAUGCUAUUAAACCCUUAGAGGUUUUAUACAAAUAUCGUGAUUUAAGUAACAGGCAUUUUGGAGAUGCCGAAAUAUUCUCCAAGCCUCUAAUAUUAUUUAUGGGACCAUGGAGUGGAGGAAAAUCUUCCAUUAUAAACUACUUGCUUAAUAAUGAAUAUAAUGAAACUUCUUUGAGAACAGGAGCUGAACCAUCCCCGGCAUAUUUCAAUAUACUAAUGCACGGAGACGAACCUGAAAUUAUUGACGGUGCAGAGCUAGCCGCCGACUUUACCUUUUCCGGGCUUCAAAAGUUUGGACAAGGCUUAGAAGAGAGAUUACGUGGAGUGAAACUUCCCGUAAGACUUUUGGAAAAAGUGAAUAUUGUUGAGAUUCCUGGAAUCUUAGAAGUAAGAAAGCAAGUCUCCAGAGUAUUUCCAUUUAAUGAUGCCUGUCAAUGGUUCAUUGAUAGAGCGGAUAUAAUUUUCCUAGUAUAUGAUCCUUCCAAACUUGACGUUGGACCAGAAACUGAAGCUAUAUUGGAUCAACUUAAAGGAAGAGAACAUCAGACAAGAAUAAUUCUAAAUAAAGCUGACCAAGUAAAACCAGAAGAGUUAAUGCGAGUCCAAGGAGCACUUAUUUGGAAUAUUUCACCUUUGAUGUCUUCUCCACAGCCACCUGUGAUGUACACGACUUCUCUAUGGUCAAGAUCAUAUGAGCCGUGGGCACCUAUAAGACUGCUUCAAGCUCAAGAACGAGCAUUUUUGAGAGAUCUUCGGACUGCAGUUGAUAGACGCGUUGAAAAUAAAAUUGCUAGCGCACGUAGAUUUGCUGUACGCGUAAGGAACCACGCAAAAAUGGUCGAUUGUUACCUAACAACAUACUACAAUCAUAAAUCUGUGUUUGGUAAUCGUAAGCAAGUUGCUAACGAGAUUAUUGAGCGUCCUCAAGAUUACCACAUCUACGAAGGCCUAUCAACACUUACCAAUAUUUCACGAUACGAUUUGCCAGAUCCCGAUGUUUAUCGAGAUUUCUUCAAACUCAAUCCAUUGUACGAGUUCCAACAACUUUCAGCGACUUGUACAUAUUUCAGAGGUUGUCCAAUCAAUAGGCUAGAUAUAGCAAUAGCCUACGAUCUUCCAGAAUUGAUAGGUACAUAUAAGAGAAAUCUUGAAGAAGCAAUAACAACAGCAAACAAUCCUCCGAAAGAGUCGCCCCCGAUUAAGAAACCUAAAAAAACGGCGCCUGGAAGUUGAAGCCGAGUUUAGUGAAAUGUAAGUAAACUAUAUACGACGAAAACAGAAUGAUCAGACUACGUUUCGCCCUCACGAGGGAAGAAUCGAAUUCCUAAGAGAAGUAUAAUGACAGUGCUGCCAUUAGAACCUAAUAAUAAAAUAAAUGAAAAAGAACUGAACAGUGUGCACACUAUUUCAAUAAAAGACUUUACAUCAAUCAGUCAUGCUUGCCUUUCCCUGCUGCCGUCAUUUAUUUGUGUUGAUCGCAUUUACAGUUCAUGCAUUCGGAGUGUUGUAAUAAAAAAAAAAGCAUAAAAUAUAAACAUAUUCGAAGAGAGUGGAAUCGUGGAAUAUACCACACUAUGCUAUAUCCUUAAGCGCAAAUUUUAAAACUAGGUGUACAAUUUUUUUUAAAAAUAACAAAACCAUAAAGAUUAAUUUCUAAUGAACAUGUAGUUAAUUUCUUGGUUGUGAAUGCAUCCCAUUGCCAUUAUUAUAAUAAUUAAGUGAUAUAAUCGUAACAGAAGCAGUGGGGUACAUUUGAACCUUAAUUUUUAAAGCGUUUUACUUUCUUUACAUAUAAACUAGUGUACAGAUUAUAAUUUUAUGUUUACCCUAUAGAAUAUUGUGAAGUAGCUAUAAUAUUUAUUUGUCUUUUUUGUUCUCUUUUAGUUGUACGAAACGAAUGGAUACUGUAUGAAGACAAAUUUAGAAUAAGUUAAAUAAAUAUAUUUUCAUUUGUAUAAUUUUCAAAUUUUUUUUUUUAGACCAAUCUAAAAACUUCCCCUUGAAGUCGCUAUUUGGUGCGGUUCUUAGCAAACCUCACACGUCGUCUCUCUAUUAUAGAGGCUAAC